GGGAGCGGCGCGGCGGUGCUGAAGGACAGCUCCGCUCUGCUCCCCUCGGCUCCGCUCCGCUCCCCCUGCCGCUCCCCCCGGCUCCGCUCCCCCGCCAAGCCGGGUGGCCUCGGGGGCCGCCGGGCGCCGCGCCUGGAUGCGCCCCCGGCCACCGCGCCGGCGGCUCCCAUGGCGGUGGCACGGAAAAUCAAAACUUUGUUGACGGUGAACAUCUUGGUCUUCGUGGGCAUCAUCCUCUUCUCCGUCUACUGCAGGAUCCAGGACCGCUCCCAGGAGCUGGUGCAGAUCGUCCGGAGCGCGGACCGCCGGGCCAGGAGCCGCGGCGCCAAGGUUGGCAGCCUGGCCGACAGGGAGUCCAUCCUGCAGCGCCUGGACCACCUGGAGGAGGUGGUCUACAACCAGCUCAAUGGUCUGGCAAAGCCCAUGGGAUUAGUUGAAGGUCCAGGGGUGGGCCAGGGGGGAAUGGCUGCUACCCUCAGAGAUGAUAGCCACGAGUCAGAGACUAAAUAUGAAGAAUACGGUUACAACGCCCAGCUCAGUGACAGGAUAUCACUGGACAGGUCCAUCCCUGACUACAGACCAAAAAAGUGCAAGCAGAUGACCUACCCCGAUGACCUGCCCCAGAUCUCCGUGGUGUUCAUCUUCGUGAACGAGGCGCUCUCGGUCAUCCUGCGCUCGGUGCACAGCGUUGUCAACCACACCCCCUCCCACCUGCUCAAGGAGAUCAUUCUGGUGGAUGACAACAGUGACAAUGUUGAGCUAAAAUUUAAUCUGGACCAGUAUGUCAAUAAAAGAUACCCCGGUCUGGUGAAAAUAGUGCGCAAUAACAAGCGGGAAGGACUGAUCCGAGCCAGGAUCCAGGGCUGGAAAGCAGCAACCUCUCCUGUUGUCGGCUUCUUUGAUGCCCACGUGGAGUUCAACAUUGGCUGGGUGGAACCCGCGCUUACCCGGAUCAAAGAGGACCGAAAGCGGAUCAUCCUGCCGGCCAUCGACAACAUCAAGUACAACACCUUUGAAGUGCAGCAAUACGCCAACGCAGCCCACGGCUACAACUGGGGGCUCUGGUGCAUGUACAUAAUCCCACCCCAGGACUGGCUCGAUAAGGGGGAUGAGUCAGCUCCCAUCAGGACACCAGCCAUGAUUGGAUGCUCCUUCGUGGUGGACCGAGAGUAUUUUGGUGAGAUUGGUUUGCUUGACCCUGGUAUGGAGGUCUAUGGAGGGGAAAACAUCGAGUUAGGCAUGAGGGUGUGGCAGUGUGGAGGGAGCAUGGAGGUGCUGCCCUGCUCUCGUGUGGCGCACAUCGAGCGCACCAAGAAGCCCUACAACAACGACAUCGACUACUAUGCAAAGCGCAACGCCCUGCGCGCCGCCGAGGUCUGGAUGGACGACUUCAAGUCGCACGUUUACAUGGCCUGGAACAUCCCCAUGGCGAACCCUGGAGUUGACUUUGGAGACGUUUCUGAAAGGAUUGCUCUGCGACAGCGACUGCAGUGCCGGAGCUUUAAGUGGUACUUGGAGAACGUGUACCCUGAAAUGAGGGUUUAUAAUAACACAGUCACUUAUGGAGAGGUGCGGAACAGCAAAGCCAGUGGCUACUGCUUGGACCAGGGAGCCGAGGAGGAUGACAAAGCAAUCCUGUAUCCAUGCCAUGGGAUGUCCUCUCAGCUCGUCCGCUACAGCUCCGAGGGGGUCCUGCAGCUGGGGCCUCUGGGCUCCACCGCCUUCCUGCCCGACUCCAAAUGCCUGGUUGACGAUGGGAAGGGCAGGACACCCACCCUGAAGAAGUGUGAAGAUGUCCUGAGGCCAGCACAGAGGUUCUGGGAUUUCACACAGAAUGGUCCAAUCAUCAGCAGAGACACUGGCCGUUGUCUAGAGGUGGAAAUGUCGAAGGAUGCCAACUUUGGGCUCAGAUUGGUUGUCCAGAGGUGCUCGGGGCAGAAAUGGAUGAUCAGGAACUGGAUAAAACACGGCAGGCACUGACUGCUGGGGCUGGGCUGCCCCUCCUGCUGUCGUCCAUUGCUCAGUGUGCCACACCUUGCAAGGCAUUUGUCUUAAAGCAGAUUACUUUGGACAGGUCUCGGCUCCCAAGAGUCCUCCUUAGUCGGGCAUUCAAAGGGAAGAAAGAAGGAGAACAAAAAGCAGACACAUACACGCCCUGUUUGACUCUUCCUUGCUCCAGUAGAUGACGUGGGAAGCUUAACAAGAGUUUUCUGUUGAUUUGGAAAUCUUGUGAAGAUCAGAACACGACAGGAGAGCGGAUUCCUUAAGCUCUCCUCGAGGAAUUAAGAGACAGACCUUUCUGUGAUGAGUUCAAAGGAGAGAUCCCAAUACUGCCUCAUAAAGAGAGUUCUCUGAUGGGUAGCUUUUUAGCUUUAAGUUUUUGACUGGUGCACAACUCCUAUGGUGAAUAAUCAUGUGCCUUUUUUAUUGUACUUCGUAUAAAAGAGGACUGGAAAAAUCCUACCUUUUCAGCAUGUCUGGUUCGUUGUACUAAACAAGAAGAUCUGUAAAUAACACUGGAAAUAUAAUAUACUCUAUGAUACAUUUCGAGGUUGAUUGUUUAGGAGUCUCUGUUUCUAGAGAGAGGCUGUUCCGCAAAUGUUUACAGGUGGUUCUCAACCUUCAAGCUGCUGAAAAGCAGCAUUUUAGAGACCUCUUCUAGAUAGACACAGGUAAAUGUUGAAUAGGUAAAAUAGCCACAUGCUCUGUUAUAUUGCCACACUUUUCCAUUUGUUGGCUGUGAAGGCAUCACAAAUAGCACUUGCAUAUUUAACUCUUUGGAGGCACUGAAUGUCCUGCUGGAGGGGUGGAUUUCGAGAGGCCUCAGUUGACCCCCAGGCCCUGAGUGGGUGAGUGUGAGGUUCCCUUCCUGCCAUGCUGUGCAUGCAGGUGCCCUGCUGAGCUGUUCCAGGAGCUGCCAGGAAGCUGGAUGCCCUCGGUACUUCUGCAGAUGAGUUGAGUGGCUUCGGUGCCACCUGUGGGAUUUAAAAACCUGAAUCUUCCGUGUUGUCGCCCGUGCUGUGAAAAUGUCAGAUGUGAGCAAACACGCCUUGUGAGCACUGUCCAGACAAGGUUCCUGAGCAAGCCAGCAAAGGCUUCCCAGCAUUUGAGAAACAAACAUGAACAGAGCGAUGAGAAGGCAAAUUAGAGCAAGAGGGAGGGAGAGCACAUAUAAAUACUGUUACUCUGAAACAGGAAUGUUUUACUGGAGCUGACCCAUUGACAGCAUCCUGGUGAACCUGAACUCAAUAAUGUGUCCAGUGGUUCAUGCAGGAUGUGUGCACAGGUGGACAGAGCAGUGACAGGGUCUCGCCUGUCAGGGUUGAUGGCCACUGUCGACAUCAGCGGGUUUUGGGUGUGGGUCCGUGCCGGGCAGAUUUUUCAGUACAGGUUUUUCAGUACAGGUUUUUCAGUACAGGUUUUUCAGUACAGGUUUUUCAGUGCAGCAAAUUCAGUCACACGUGAAGGAGAGACGCAGAUGGGAUCUGUUAAUUUCACCGUUUAAUAUUUUAUAGGACUUUAAAACCAAAAUUGCUUUGUUUUCCUCAGCCAGGUGAUUGCAGUCACUGCGGUGCCGUGAGUCUUGGUGAUCUGUUCCUUCAAGAGCUUCUGCCGUUCCUAUUUCAAGGCAUGCUGAACAAAAAUCGAAUGGAAACAAAGUUAAUUUUUCAAGGGCAUGAUAUGUAAUAAAAUAUUUACUUUUAACAUGCAAAAUCCAUCAGUUCUUGUCAACUCUUGGUUAGUGUUUGGAAAGCAUGUCAUUAUAUUUUUGCCCUGAUUUUAUUUCUGAAGCAGAGUGUGGAAAAUGCAACACAAAGCCAGCUCUCCUGGAGUUUAUUUGUGGCUAAUUGCUGAUCUUUAUUUAUGUCAUGUGGGCCUGGUUACGCAUGGAUAUUUACAAAAGAAUAAUUCUGGGUGAGAUUCUAGAUACAAAAAUGCUUCAAAUUCCGUGUUUACAGUUAGAUGCACACAACCUUUUGGACAGUGUAAUAAGACCUGCAGGGAGAACAGCAUCUUUAAUAAAUCAAGGAAUACAGUAUAAAAUCACGGACAAUCUCUGUAUUCAAGCCUUCCUGCAGGUCUGAGCCAGGUAGGAAGCUUCAGGCUAAAUAUAGAUUGGGAACAGCUGCCCUGCAUUUAACCUCCUUAUGUUAACUGUUAGACCAUUUAAAAUUGCAGUUACCAUCUAUGGAGCAGCUGUUGAAAGCUUUGUACAGCAGUGUGUUUGCAAGUGACUUCUCAUCUUCUAUCCAGAUACAGAUUCCCCAUUUUAAAUUACAUUAAAGCUGUUUUCUGCUUUUGUUUGCUCUGGUGGAGCUUUACUCCUUGAGGGAGGUGAGAAGGCAAAAGAAGGGGAAGAUGAUUUUACCAGGUGAGCUUUCUGGGGAGUAACAGGCCAUUCACACCAUUUUCAGUCUUUCCAGUGAGCAAGAGCCAACUGUUUUACGUGAACAAGGCUGGAAGUUGAAAGUAAUUAUAUAUCAAUGUGACUUGUAAAUGCCUAACUCUUAAAGGUGGAGUCGGCAUUUUCUGUGACUGUGCUUUUUUUUAAGAUCUGCUGAAAUAAUUUCUUAUAUUUGCAAAGCACAUCUGUUGGAUUAUUUUUACUUUAGUCUUUAUCUGUAUGAACCACUGCUUUGGCUGUGGUAUUAACAUGGUGACUCUGCAUGUGAGAGGGUCUUAAAUAUUCUCUCAUCAAAGGAAUAAUAAUAAAAAAAAAAAGCCUUGAGUAUUAUCUGUUUUAACUAAAGUCUAUGGUUCUUUUGUCAGUAUUUCACCCCUUAGUAUUAUCUGAAAUCCUGCUUAAUGUUGUGCAGAUUUUCAGUCCUGUAUUCCCACAGUGCAGCAGUUCUAGAUAUUGAAAAGUAUUUAAUGUAGUGCAAUAUGCCUUGUAGAGAAAAUUCAGAUCAAAGUCUUCAUUUGCUAUUUCGUUUGAUUUGGGAGAUUAUGGAGCUAAAUACUAGGUCACAGGACAGAAGAAUAGAAUGAGAGAAAGAACAUCAGGCCUAGCCCAUUGUUGUCAGAGGCAAAGCAGGAAAAAUAGACUUUUCUGAGCAUGUCAGGGUCCGUAAAAUUUAGCUGGAGUCCUGUGGUAAAACAAAAAAAACACCUUUCUCCAUUGAGAGCCGUAAACUAUUUUCCAAGAUGAAUUUAUUUUUGGCUUGAUUAAAGCUAUUUGUUCUUCAGCCAAAGUUUUCCUCUGGUCUUGCUGGCUCACUGGUUCCUGAGGAGCAAUAACCUCCAGUGGAAGCAACUAAGAGAAAAAGAACUGAAGAAGGUGUUUGGGGAGGACCCAGUGGAUUCCCUUGCAAUUGUUUGAGAGCUCUAUUGUGCUCACCCAUGAGAACUCUGCAGGGCUCCUCCUCAUCCAAAAAGCCAAGCUCAGGUUCCAUAGAAGUGAUCUAAAACCAACAUAUGGAAACAAAACAACAGAUCUUCAUACAUAUUUUGAAAGUGUUAGGCUAUCUCAUUCCAAUGAAUAACUUGGAGCUCAGUGUGUCUGAAGAUGAGGCUUUCACAGGCCUUUGUUUACGUUCCUCUUCAUCAGCCUGUUCCUUUUUAAAAGCUGUGGUCUAGUAGAUGAAAAUCUCCCUUGCCAUGUGACAGGGGGUGUAAUCUGUCUGACACAGGACAGCUGCAAUUUUAAGUACUUAAGCCAGAGCUAAUAAGAUUUAAUGAAAUAGCACCAGCCCUAAUCUGCUCUUUAGAUCAAUUACACAGCAUGUAAUUCCUUCAGUCUCCGGUAUUCAUUUGAAAUGCUUCAUUAACAGGCAUGCAGAAGGGCAUUAUGGCCUGGGUAGGGAUCCAGUGAGUUGGGUUGUAAGAAGAACUUUAGCAGAAGUUGUAGUUCGGAGGCAGUUUGGCACAUUAUCAUCCAGUUAGGACACAAAUACCUUUGGUUUCUCGUGCAAGGCUUGAGCAGGAAGAACAACUGCCAGAAUUCCCUUGAUUGAAGGUGUUUCUAACAAUGGUGUUCCAUUUCUGACUGCUGCUGUUUUGAGUGCCUGCUUCUUAGUGCUGAUCAAAGUGCUUGGGAGAGGUCAUGCCACAGAUCAAAGAUGGUAUUGCAGUUUAGAAGGUCUGGCUAACAGGCUGGACAGAAACCAGGGAAUGAUCAGGUCUUCCCAUGUCUCUAGAUCUGCAUGUCUCUGCAGUAAACUUAGUACCAUGUUCAGCUUGGGAAGAAUCCCAAACCUAAUAAAUGUUUGUGUUGGAAGAGCAGCUCGAGAGACCAGUCAUAGAAUUUGAUAUUCUUUUUCAGUGUGUGACGUGAAGGGACUUAAGGUGAGAGCUCUAAUUACUGAAUACAUGGAAAAUACAUUAACUGGCACCACGGUCUGCUGAAGCACCACACAUUUAGAGCUUCCAUUGUGGUAACCAGGAUGUUCUGGAAACACUAAUGCUCUGAGUGUACUCUGCCAGAGGUGGAGUCUGCUCACCUAGGGAACUAAGGGAGCUCAAGGAAUAAAUACUGAAAUUAUAUGGUUAAUAAUUAUCAGUGAAUAUGGCUCAAAGUGCAUCGAGAUUUACGUCUUCUCCAAAAUGUAAUGAAUUGGUUUCAGAUACUUUCUAAACAAUCUCCUUGUCCCUAUAAAGAUGUGGGAUGCUUGUGCUGUGUGAAGAUUUCAGCUGUGUCUUUACAAUGCCCCAGCCAUCAGUGACAUUAGAAGGAGAGAUAUACAGUGACUUUAGCACAUUGUAAUGGUUUUACAAAUACUUUGACUUAUAUUACAAAAGCAUUAAUGACUUGUAACUAAAGAUAUUGAGCUGAGAGGUUGUCCUAAGUAAAAACAAUCUUUCUUUGUCCAAGAAUGCUUACUUCAAAACACCCGGUGAAGCAAUAUAUGGCAACCUGCUUUUGAAGAGCUUAAUUUCUGAAUCAAGAGCAUUCUUCAAAAACAUAUUAAAAGGACUGGUUACUUUUCAUAGCAUUACAGUUUCCUGUUGGCCACCAACAAGUGUUGUGCAGUUUUCAAACUCUUUGUAAUGUUUAAUUAAAAAAGGAAAAAAUAAUGCAGCAACUAGGAUGCAAGUUGUGACUGAGAAUAAUUUUUCAUUAUGUGGCACUCAUCAAAUCAAUUUGUAUUCACACUCGAGAAGUUAAUAAAUUACUAUGCAUUUUACUGCUGA